UCAUUUGCUCCCUCUCUCUCUCUCACCCCUCUCUUUCUCUCUCUACAUCUCGCCGGCGGACGGCGGAGAAAAAUCGAAACGCCCCGGCGGAACCGCCGCUUGCUCCUCUCUCUAUCCCUCUCUCUGUAUAUCAUUCUUCUCCGUCAUAGAUCAACACUACGGACCCGCAGGGCGGCAAUCUGUACUGAGUGCUGCGAUAGAGCGCAAUGUCCGAGGAGGAGAAGCUGCUGAAGGAGGCAAAGAAGCUCCCAUGGGAAGAUCGACUGCUUCAUAAGAACUGGAAGGUCCGGAACGAGGCCAAUAUCGAUUUGGCCGCUAUAUGUGACUCCAUUUCCGAUCCCAAGGACCCUCGCCUCCGCGAAUUCGGGCCAUUCUUUAAGAAAACAGUUGCAGAUUCUAAUGCCCCUGUACAAGAGAAAGCGUUAGAUGCUUUAAUAGCAUUUUUGCGAGCUGCAGAUGCUGAUGCUGGGAGAUAUGCGAAAGAAGUAUGUGAUGCAAUUGUGGCUAAAUGCUUAACGGGUCGGCCAAAGACCGUGGAGAAGGCUCAGGCAGCAUUUAUGCUCUGGGUGGAAUUGGAGGCAGUGGAUGUUUUUCUGGAUGCUAUGGAAAAAGCCAUCAAGAACAAAGUUGCAAAGGCUGUUGUUCCUGCGGUUGACGUAAUGUUUCAAUCGUUAAGUGAAUUUGGGGCAAAAGUUGUUCCACCAAAGAGGAUAUUGAAAAUGCUUCCCGAACUCUUUGAUCACCAAGAUCAGAAUGUUCGGGCCUGCUCCAAGGGAUUGACGUUGGAGCUUUGUCGUUGGAUUGGAAAGGACCCUGUUAAGUCAAUUUUGUUUGAGAAGAUGCGAGACACAAUGAAAAAAGAGUUGGAGGCUGAGCUGGUCAAUGUUACUGGAACUGCAAAGCCAUCACGGAAGAUAAGGUCUGAGCAAGACAAGGAGCCAGAACCUGAAGCUGCUUCUGAAGCUGCGGGACCUGGCCCUACUGAGGACUCUGCAGCUGAUGCUCCUCAGGAAAUAGAUGAAUAUGAGCUGGUUGAUCCGGUUGACAUACUGACUCCACUAGAGAAGUCUGGUUUCUGGGAUGGAGUGAAAGCUACCAAAUGGUCAGAAAGAAAAGAGGCUGUUGCAGAGCUUACAAAGCUUGCUUCAACGAAGAGAAUAGCCCCGGGUGAUUUUACAGAAGUAUCUCGUACAUUGAAGAAGCUUAUCACAGAUGUCAAUAUAGCCGUUGCUGUCGAAGCUAUCCAAGCUAUCGGAAAUCUCGCACGGGGUUUAAGAACCCAUUUUGCUGGAAGUUCUCGUUCCUUGUUACCAGUUUUACUUGAAAAACUCAAGGAAAAGAAGCCUGCCUCAACAGAAUCACUAACUCAAACCCUCCAAGCCAUGCACAAGUCUGGGUGCUUAAACAUUGCUGACAUUGUUGAAGAUGUCAAAGUUGCUGUGAAAAACAAAGUUCCCCUUGUCCGCUCAUUAACCUUGAAUUGGGUGACGUACUGUAUUGAGACAAGUAACAAGGCUGUUGUUCUCAAGGUGCACAAGGAUUAUGUACCAAUUUGCAUGGAGUGCCUCAAUGAUGGGACACCAGAAGUAAGAGAUGCGGCAUUUUCAGCUUUGGCAGCUGUGGCAAAGCUGGUUGGCAUGAGGCCCUUAGAAAGGUCAUUGGAGAAACUUGAUGAUGUUAGAAGAAAGAAGCUCUCUGAGAUGAUUGGAAGCUCUGGAAAUGCUGUCCCUGCUGGGACAAAUACUGCUGCAGUCCAAUCUUCGAGCGGGAAUGCAUCAUCCAUGGAGAGUUCGGGGACCUUUGUUAGAAGAUCAGCUGCAAGCAUGCUUAGUGGGAAAAGGCCUGCUCCUUCAGCACCCAGUAGCAAGAAAGGGGCCUCCACAAAAACUGGUGGCAGUAAGAAGGGCGAAGGAACUACCCAAUCAAAACCUUUAAGAGACAUUGAGUCUGAAGAUGUGGAGCCUGCAGAAAUGAGUCUUGAAGAGAUUGAAAGCAGACUAGAUUCACUUAUACAAGCAGAGGCCAUCUCUCAGUUAAAGAGCGCAGUAUGGAAGGAGCGUCUUGAAGCAAUUGGCAUGUUGAAGCAACAGGUGGAAAAUAUACAAAACCCAGAUCAGUCCGUAGAAAUAUUGAUCCGCUUACUUUGUGCUCUUCCUGGGUGGAAUGAAAAAAAUGUUCAGGUCCAGCAGCAAGUUCUUGAAGUCAUUACAUACAUUGCUUCAACUGCAAAUAAAUUUCCAAAGAAAUGUGUUGUACUUUGCCUUCUUGGAACGAGUGAAAGGGUAGCUGAUAUUAAGACCCGUGCCCAUGCCAUGAAGUGCCUCACUACCUUUGCAGAAGCAGUUGGUACAGGAUUUAUUUUUGACAGACUGUACAAGAUUAUGAAAGAACAUAAAAAUCCCAAGGUGCUUAGUGAGGGAAUCCUGUGGAUGGUUUCGGCAAUUGAAGAUUUUGGCAUAUCGCAUUUGAAACUGAAGGAUUUGAUUGAUUUUUGUAAAGAAACUGGGUUGCAAUCUAGUGCUGCUGCUACUAGAAAUGCGACUAUCAAGCUUAUCGGUGCCUUGCAUAGAUUUGUUGGUCCAGAUAUUAAAGCAUUUCUAGCUGAUGUCAAGCCUGCGCUGCUUAGUGCUCUGGAUUCAGAAUAUGAAAAGAAUCCUUUUGAGGGUGCUGCAGCUGUUACCAGAAAAACUGUCAAAGAAUCAGAUUCCACUUCAGCAAUGUCUACCGGUGGAGUGGAUGGUCUGCCACGUGAAGAUAUUAGCGGAAAGAUCACCCCUACGUUGCUGAAAAAUCUUGAAAGUCCAGACUGGAAGGUCCGUUUGGAAUCAAUUGAAGCGGUCAAUAAGAUUAUUGAGGAGGCUAACAAGCGUAUUCAACCAAAUGGAACCGCUGAGUUGCUUGGUGCUCUUAGAGGACGGUUGUAUGACAGCAACAAGAACUUAAUAAUGGCCACCUUAACUACUAUUGGUGGUGUUGCAUCUGCAAUGGGACCAUCAAUUGAGAAGGCGGGCAAGGGUAUUCUCUCUGAUGUUUUGAAAUGCCUUGGUGACAAUAAAAAGCAUAUGAGAGAGUGCACUUUGGCUGCACUAGAUUCAUGGCUUGCAGCUGUUCAUCUUGAUAAAAUGGUUCCUUACAUUGCUGGUGCUCUAAUCGACUCCAAGCUUGGUGCAGAAGGAAGGAAGGAUCUUUUUGAUUGGUUGGGGAAGCAGCUUUCUGGUUUGAGUGAUUUUGCUGAUGCUGUGCAGCUUCUCAAACCGGCUGCUACUGCUAUGACAGAUAAAUCAGCAGAUGUUCGUAAAGCGGCAGAAGCUUGUUUUGCAGAAAUUUUGAGAGUUAGUGGACAAGAAACGGUGACCAAAAAUCUGAGAGAUGUGCAAGGGCCAGCAUUGGCCAUUGUUCUUGAUAGAAUGAAGUCCCAUGUGCCGGUGCAAGAAUCUUAUGAAUCAACAAAAGCUACAUCCCUGGGGUCAUCUAAAACCAGCACUAAGGCUGGAAGAUCAGCUUCGCAUGGUUUAUCAAAACCUGGAAGUAGAGCUAUUUCUUCGCGAGCCAUCGCAUCAAAGGGCACAAAGUCAGACCUUAUGUUGUCUGUCCAAGACAUUGCUGUACAGUCUCAGGCUCUGUUAAGUGUUAAAGAUUCUGUAAAGGAGGACCGGGAGAGGAUGGUGGUUCGUAGGUUUAAAUUUGAAGAGUUGCGGAUAGAGCAGAUUCAAGAUCUUGAGAAUGAUAUGAUGAAGUACUUUAGAGAGGAUCUGCACCGCAGACUUUUGAGCCCAGAUUUUCGGAAGCAGGUUGAUGGUCUUGAGAUGUUGCAGAAGGCUCUCCCAUCAAUUAUGAAGGAAGUAAUUGAAGUUUUAGAUAUACUCUUAAGGUGGUUUGUGCUGCGGUUCUGUGAAUCAAAUACGACAUGCUUGUUGAAGGUGCUGGAAUUUCUUCCUGAACUCUUCAACAGAUUGAGGGAUGAGGGAUAUUCAUUGACUGAAUCAGAAGCUGCCAUAUUCCUUCCAUGCUUGAUAGAGAAGUCCGGUCACAAUAUUGAGAAAGUUAGGGAAAAGAUGCGAGAGUUAAUGAAGCAGAUCGUUCAUACAUACUCUGCAGCAAAAACUUUUCCUUAUAUUUUGGAAGGUUUACGUUCCAAAAACAACCGAACUCGCAUAGAAUGCGUUGAUCUGGUGGGAUAUUUAAUUGAUCAUCAUGGAGCUGAGAUUAGCGGACAGUUGAAGUCUCUGCAGACUGUUGCUAGUUUGACAGCAGAGCGUGAUGGUGAAAUCAGGAAGGCUGCUUUGAAUACCCUGGCAACUGGUUAUAAGCUACUUGGUGAGGACAUUUGGAGAUAUGUUGGGAAGCUAACUGAUGCUCAAAGAAGCAUGUUGGAUGACAGAUUUAAGUGGAAGGCCCGAGAAAUGGAUAAAAGGAAGGAGGGAAAACCGGGUGAAGCUAGAGCGGCACUGAGGCGAUCAGUCCGAGAAAAUGGGUCUGAUGUGGCAGAGCAAAGUGGGGAAGUUUCACGAUCUAUAUCUGGUUCUGUCUUUGCAAGGGACAACUAUAGCCACCCUGAAGUUCAUAUGGAUAGGCACAUGAUGGUCCGCGCAAGUGCCCCCACAGACUGGAAUGAAGCUCUGGAUAUCAUUUCUUUUGGUUCCCCAGAGCAGUCUGUCGAGGGAAUGAAGGUUGUAUGUCACGAAUUGAACCAAGCCACCAACGAUCUUGAUGGUAGCGCGAUGGAUGAUAUUGUAAAAGAUGCAGACAGGCUUGUUUCUUGUCUUGCAGAUAAGGUUGCCAAGACUUUCGACUUUAGUUUGACAGGAGCUUCUUCAAGAUCAUGCAAAUAUGUCCUAAAUACCCUUAUGCAGACUUUCCAAAAUAAGCAGCUGGCACAUGCUGUCAAGGAGGGGACUCUUGAUCGUCUCAUCACCGAGCUUUUACUCUGGCUUUUGGAUGAACGGGUCCCUCGUAUGGAUGAUGGAAGCCAACUCCUGAAAGCCUUGAACGUGUUGAUGCUCAAGAUUUUGGAUAAUGCAGAUAGAACUUCCUCAUUUGUCGUCUUAAUCAAUUUAUUACGUCCAUUGGACGCAACAAGAUGGCCUUCUCCUGCUGCUAAUGAGACAGUUGCUAUGAGAAAUCAGAAAUUCUCGGACUUAGUUGUCAAAUGUUUGAUCAAACUCACCAAGGUUCUCCAAAGCACUAUAUACGAUGUGGAUCUCGAUCACAUCCUUCAAAGUAUCCACAUCUAUCUACAAGAAUUAGGGAUGGAAGAAAUCAGGAGAAGAGCUGGAAUCGAUGAUAAACCAUUGCGCAUGGUCAAAACUGUUCUGCAUGAACUCGUCAAGCUUCGUGGGACUGCGAUUAAAGGCCACCUUUCUAUGGUCCCCAUAGACAUGGAGCCUCAACCCAUCAUCCUUGCCUACAUUGACCUAAACCUUCAGACCCUGGCUGCUGCGAAAAUGUUAACUCCCUCGGUUCCCAUGGGCCAACCUCACUGGGGUGAUUCAACUGCAAAUAGUCCAUCAGCUGCUACUCAUUCGGCUGAUGCCCAAUUGAAGCAAGAACUCGCAGCCAUAUUCAAGAAAAUUGGUGACAAGCAAACCUGCACCAUUGGGCUAUAUGAACUGUAUAGAAUUACUCAACUUUACCCAAAGGUUGAUAUAUUUUCCCAGCUCCAAAAUGCUAGCGAAGCUUUUAGAAAUUACAUUAGAGACGGUCUAGCACAGAUGGAGAAGAACGCUGCAGCUGGAAGGACGCCGUUGAGCUUAUCAAUGGCCACUCCACCCCCAGCAGUUCUGAACCUCUCCUCCCCCAAGCUCGCCCCCUUAUCCCCUGUGCAUACAAAUUCCUUAGCCGAUGCAAAGUCGAUUAAUUCCAAACCAGAACCGACUAGUUUCAGCUUGCCUCCUUCAUAUGCUGACGCUGAUCGGGCAGUCAACCCCAUGAGAGGCCCUAUCUCUGACAACUCAUUUGCAGAGCAAAUGAACGAGAGAUUUCCUGGUGGAGUGACUAGCGGAACCUUGGAUGCUAUCCGAGAGAGGAUGAAGACCAUUCAGUUGGCAGCUGCAGCUUCUGGGAAUCCCGACUUGGGAAACCGAGCAGCGCUGUACAUGAACGGCAGCGGGGCCCAUGGACAGAUGCAGAACCCAUUGGAUCAGACCAAUGUGGAGAACGCUGGGCAGACUGGAGUCCUCCCUAUGGAUGAGAAGGCCUUGUCUGGCCUCCAAGCCCGGAUGGAGAGACUUAAGUGCGGGACAAUGGAACCCUUCUAAGAGAGACAAAAAGCAAUUUUCUUCUGCUCCUUGUCAGAAUAUGUGGUCUGAGUGUUUGUAAAUGAAAAUCAGGGCAUCGAGGGGUUUGCAGAUUCACGAUAGAGUUCAGGUGCCCCCCAAAAUUAUGAGAUUUAUCGGACGGAGAAGGCAGUUUUUUGGGUUUUAUCAGGGCAUCUCAGGUUUAUGUUUAUUUUUUGCGGGGUUUCAUUGUUGGUGUGUCGAAACGAAACUAACAUUAGGUGUUAUUGUAUAUCUUGCACAGAUGAGGAGAGCUGUUUGGUUCCCGUAGGCGCGGGUGUAGCUUCUUAUUGGUUUUUGCUUAUUUAAAGAAAGAAAUUGAUGUGUAGCAGUGUACACACACCGACAUUGCACUUUCUUCAGAUAGAUUAAAAGUUGUCAUCUGUGUCAUGCA